UAGGAUCUCAAAGGAAACAACAAGGACUGAGGCCGACCUCCCUGCUGUGCCCAUCAACAUGGAUUGCAAUGAUACCAUCACUGCAGAGGUCUGCAAGGAGGACGACGUUGGGGAUGGAGAGCUCUGUGAGGUGAUGGUGGCUGGCUACCCAGUACUGCUGGUGAGGAACAAGAUGGAGUUCAGAGCCCUGGGCAGUAGGUGCCCACACUAUGGUGCACCGCUCAGCAAAGGGGUCUUGAGAGGGCACAGGCUGCGCUGCCCCUGGCAUGGGUCCUGCUUCAACAUCAGAACUGGAGAUAUUGAAGAGUACCCUUCUCUAGACAGCCUGCCUUGCUUUAAGGUCACAGUGGAAGAUGGAAAGGUGUUUGUUACAGCCAAAAAGAAGGACCUUGAAAGCAGCCUGAGAGUGAAGGACAUGAGCAAACGAUGCCUUCUCAACCGGAACACGAUGCUUCUCCUGGGGGGAGGUGUGGCUGCCCUGACCUGUGCAGAGACGCUUCGCCAAGAGGGCUUUACUGGCAGGAUCAUCAUGGCCACCAAAGAGAAACAUGCUCCAUAUGACAAGUCCAAACUGAGCAAGGAAAUGAACUUAAAAGCUGAGGACAUCUACCUGAGGAAACCUGAGUUCCUGUGUGCUCACGGCAUAGAGCUCUGGACAGAGAAAGAGGCAGUGUCGGUGGAUUUCCAGAAGCAGAAGGUCCGCUUCAUGGAUGGAUCCUCUCAGAAGUACAACCAGCUGCUCAUUGCAACAGGUGGACACUCCAGCUUCCUCAAAGUCCCAGGUGCAGACCUGCAGAACGUGUGUCAUCUUCAAACCCCAGAGGAUUCCAGCAAGGUCUUAGAGCUGGCAUCUGGGAAGAACCUGGUGAUUGUGGGAGCUUCAUUCAUAGGAAUGGAGGCAGCUGCUUUCCUCUCAGACAAGGCUGCUGCCAUGUCGGUGGUGGACAAAGAGGAGUUCCCUUUCCAGAAAACUCUGGGUCCUCAGAUUGGAGGCUUUGUCUUAAAGAUGCUACAAAGUAAAGGAGUGAAGUUUUACAUGAAAAAAGAACUCCACGAGCUGAAAGGGAAGGAUGGAAAGGUCACAGAAGCCAUUCUUGCCAAUGGAGAAAAACUACCUGCAGACGUGGUGGUGGUGGGAAUAGGGGUGACCCCCAACUCUGCAUUUCUGAAGGGUACCUCCAUCGCCAAAGACAACAGUGGUGCCAUCCUGGUGGACCUGCACAUGCAAACCAACAUCCCAAACGUCUUUGCUGCGGGGGAUGUGGUUUCCUUUCCCGUUGCGCUGCUCAAUGGGGAACACUCCAGCAUCCAUCACCAACAAGUGGCCGAGGCCCACGGUGAGGCAGCGCUUCUCAGCUCCACUCAGACACUCAGCAUCCACCUGAGGACCUCAGGGAAUCAAAACCAUUCCAUUGCCACAGGUUCCAUCGCUGCCUUUAACAUGUUGAAGAAACAGAAGGAGUUGCACACUGUUCCCUUCUUCUGGACCACGAUGCUUGGCAGAAGCAUCCACUAUGCAGGCUGCGGGAAGGGCUACACAGACACUGUUCUGAAGGGCAGCUUGGAGCAACAGAAGUUCCUCAUCUUCUACCUCAAAGAUGGCUUUGUGACAGCAGCUGCCAGCCUAAACUGUGACCCCACGGUGUCUCUGAUUGCAGAAGUUUUAUACUUGGGGAAAAGAAUCUCUAAAGAAGAAGCAGAGGCCUAUGAUAUCAACGAUGUACCCUUGUGACAGCAAGCUAAGCUUUGUUAGCGCACUGCCACGAGGGGCACAGCAUCAACCAGAAGUUAAAGCUCAACUUGGUGC